AUGACUAAACGGAGACGACCCAAAGCUGGCCAAACUGAUGUCACCCACCUCGUCAGUGAGAGCCUGAAGAGUUCCCUGUCGUGUGUUGACUUAUCAAGCUUCACCCAGGCCACAGACCAUACCUUUGCUAAGAGGUCUGCGUCUCCAAAAUGCCAGAUGGUGCACGCAACCACCAGCGAGCUGCUGCGCAAUCUUGGGGAGUUCUUAUGCCGGAGGUGUGACAAGCUGAAGAAUCUGUCACCUCCAAACAUCAUUACAUGGGUGACAAGUAUAGACCAGCUUCUCUCUGGAUGGGGACAGCUAGUAGGCUUUCUUACCCCAGCCAAUGUCGUGUUUCUAUACAUGCUCUGCUGAGAGGUAUGCCUGUACCUGGCUUUCACAUACAUAGGCAGUGAGACCUCCUACCCACUGAGGCCUUUCCUAGUCGAAAGCUCAAAGGAGGGCUUUUGGAGCCGUUGCCUCUCAGUGAUUGACCAGAUAAGCUUAAAGAUGAUGCGCAUCAAUGCCGACCAUGAGUAUUUCACCCAGCUCUUUAAUGAUCUCAGAGCUCAGGGUGGACAGAACGACACAAAUAUGGCUUAG